AGCGUAUCAAGUGGCUCUCGGGCCUGCUUUUGCAGAGCAAUGUCACUGAAAUGGUGGCUGUCGGAAGGCUGCUGCUGGAUGCUGUGUUUGAGAGCGAGUCAAUGAAGACCGCCCUGUCGAUGGCGCUGACCCUGGCCCGCCUCGAGUGGUCGCAGUGGAACCAGAUCCUGCUUCCAUACCUGCUGGACAUGUUCAAAUCAUCUACUGCCAGCAUCUCGUCGGUCAUCACAUCGCGAGGCCAGAUUCUGUUUCCAUCGGCGUCCGGGAAGAAGGCAAAGAAGACGGCAUCUACGAGCUGGCUGCUCGAGCCUAUUGAAUGGUCCGAUCUACUCGACCACCAAAUCACGAUUCCAUCUGGUGAGGCGACCAUGUUCAGCGGAUUCGAUGACAGCGAGGACGACAACACCAGCAUGGCUAGCAAGUCAUCAUCAUCUGGGGAUUCCAAGAACUCGGUGGUGUCCGAACUCUCGAUCAAAUCGGCCAUCCUGUCGGUUCUGACAAACAUCUCGAUCGACGCCAGCGUCCUUGUCGAUGGUCUUGAUUCGUUCUGCACCCAGCUGUCGACGACACAGCUUGCCAAGGACAGCGAGUAUCUGCAGCACACAUCGGCUAACGCAAAGCAGCGCUAUGACAUUGGUCCUGCUGAUGGCGGGAUCUGGGGUGAUGAGGCGAGCGAGGCGCUGGGAUUGCACACGCUGCACCCACUCAUCACACUGCUUGGCCCAUUCUGCCGACCCACUACGCAAACCCGUCCCUGGAUUGAUGGUGUUUACCAAAUCGCCGACGCGCUCAAGUUUGAGCUAGAGGCGGUCAUGCGCUCGGUCGAGAGCAACCUAGUCAGCACCCUGCAGCUGCUAUCGCUGUUUGACCAGCUGCCGCUGGAGGAAUCCGACGAGGAUUCGUUCAGUAAGCGGCACGGGAAGAAGCAGCCGGCUGAGCAGUGCCCGGCCAUCCAGCUCGCCAUUGAGCUUGAGUCAACUGAGACAAGCCUGGCCAUGUAUAAGGAGAAGCUGAACCACCUGCGCCGCCUCACUGUCCUGGCAUCCAAUGGCCGUAUUCCUGAUGUCUACCAGAAUCUGUCGAUCAUCAAGCAGAUGGGGCUGUUGGCAGGAGCCAAGAGCGAUCUGUUCUGGUCAGCGCGCUUGCUGAUCGAGACCGGGCUGACUCCUGAUGCCAAGAAGUGGCUGGCUAACCAGCAGGCUGCCCUGCCCAAACUCGACGGACACGCGAUGGAGUGCCCGAAUCUGACGCGCUUUGACCGUGUCGAGAACCUGGAGGAGGGCUCGGCGCUGUACUCGCGCCUGCACUCACCGGACCAGCUGUUCAAGAUGCUGGCUGACCCACACUCGAAGCCGCUGGUGCAGACGUUCUUGGUGUUCGUCCAGGACGACUAUGGCUGGACAUCGUCGUUCUUUGACCGCCAUCAAGACAAGCGCUUUAACAUCGAUCUUGCGGGUCGCUCGAAGCGGGCUUCCGAAGAACUGUGCGCGCUGUGGCUCAAGCUGCUUGCCAAGUUCCGUCGGCCGCGCUCGCUGUUCGCCUCCGAGGCACUCUACUCUCUGUAUCUGCGCCUGCUGACCAAGGGUGACAACGCAACGCAGCUGCUGGCUAUCGAGUGCAUUCUGACAUGGCAGGACUCGGAAAUCAACACGUAUGCCGAGAACCUGCGCAACCUGCUCGAUGAGCGCAAGUUCCGCGACGAGCUCACCGUGUUCGACAUGUCAGCGACUGGCGAGUCGAUCAAUGCGGUGCAUCGCGCCAAGCUGAUGCCUACGCUGGACGGCAUGAAAUCCGCCGAAUCUCAAUUCUCAGUGCGAUGCUGCGCCAGUUUGUUGGAAUCGGCCUCGAUUCACUCGUUGCUUCUUUCCGAGACACCAGAGUCGGAUAAUGCCAUGGAUGGCCACCGCGUUGCGAUGGCUGCGCAGAUGAUCAAGCAGCUCGGAUUCAAGGCUACGCCGAUUUUCCACGAAGCACUGGUCGCACAGAAGCAGCUUGAUGCGGCUAAUCUCGAGCUCCAGGCAUAUCUGGCCGCCAAGGGCGAUGCUGUGGAUGCUGCUGUUGCUGAUGCCGAUGAUCCAGCUGAUAAUGACGACGAUGACGAGGAUGACAACAACGCUGCUGGUGAUGAGCGCGGCCGGAUCGAGAGCAAGAGGCGUCCAGGCCCGGAUGAUUCGUCAACGCCCGACUUUGACUUUGAGCCGUAUAUGCCGUGCAUCUGCGAGGUGGUUGUGAACCCGCGUCUGGAUCUGCUGAGCGUCGAGAACACACAGAAUCCAUCGGCACUGCUGCUUCUGUUCCGCUCGUGGACGCUGACGCCCAAGUACCUGCCAUACCUGACUGGUUACAACCCGCGCACGUUCAGCAUGCUGGUCAGCAUUCUGGUCGCGCCCAAGGUCCAGGCACCUGUUGUCAACCUGAUCCUCGAUAUCCUGCAGACGUACCUGGACUAUUCGCCGGAGCAGGCCGAGAAGGCAUUCCGUCUCACACCGGAGCAGGCUGAGGCGUGCGGUGUAAUUGCCAAGCAGACGAUCCAGGACCAUGUGUCGCAGAUCCUGUCGCACAUGAAGGUGUGCUUCGCCGGCGUGUUCUCCGAGGCGGCUGCGCAGGGCCAGACAGGCAAGAGCUCCAACAUCCUGCUGCGCCAGAUCCACCUUUUGUCUCGUGUCGCUGACUACACGACUCAGCAGACUGCUGACGCCAAGGUGCUGCUGGAUCUCCUGCUGCCAAUGCUCAAGCGGCCCAACGGUGCAGUCAACGAGCGCACCAAGGCCGACGUUCUGGCAAUUAUGCUGCGGUUUGUCCCUAUCGUUCUUGACCAGAACGACGAUACAUUCACUGACGACGAGCGCCUUGCACUAUUCAACACCUACGUCGACACUGUAUCAGUCGGUCUCAGCCGCCUGCGGCUUCCCACAGCCCGCUCGCUGAUGUGUGAGAUUCUCAGUGUGCUGGCCAAGAUCGACCUUGAGCGCGGCCAUCCGCAGCUGGAGGUAGCAGCAGGCAUAGUGCAGGAUGUUAACGCAUUCUCAGAGCACCGGAUCGACGAGCCUGACUUUGACCGCCGCCUGGCAGCUUAUGCCAAGCUGAACGAUGAGAUCUGGGACAAGCCCGAUCAGCUGGGCGCGCGUGCAUGGGUGCCCAUCCUCCACAACCUCGUGUUUUUCGCCCAGGACCAUGACGAGAUGUCGAUCCGGUCCAACGCAUCAUAUGGUCUCCUGCGGUUCAUAGCACGGGUCAAACAGGCCAACACCUCCGAGGAGGCGGAAGGAUCGGAUGAGGUUAGGCUAAUAAACCGCAAUGUGGUUUCGAUUGUUUUGCCCACGACGAUUGUGCGGAACGAGUUCUUGGUUAUUCUGCGCACGGCUGUGCGCGAAAUCGGCCAGUACUUUGACCAGCUGCGGGAUCUUCAGGUGCUGGAUAAUCCGGACGAGGAGGCAAACUUCUACUACAACAUCAUGCACAUCCAAAUCCAUCGCCGGAUGCGUGCCAUGCGCAGGUUCCGCGCCCUCGUCACUGCCAACGCCAACGAGGACGUCGAGAUGGCCGAGCCUUUGGAUGCUGCAGAAAGCGAUGCUGAGGGCGAGAGUGACGACGACAACAGCGAUGUUAGUGAGGAGGAAAAGCCGGCUGCAGAGCCCACUACCAUCAAGCCGUUCAACUUUGACCCACCCAGCUCGCCAAUCUCCAUGGCCAACCUGCGCAACCUGUUCAUGCCGCUGUUUGAGCACUGGGUGAUGAGCACCGACAGAUCAGUCAGCGCAGACCUCGCCCAUGAGGCGGUCCAGACCAUUGGUGCCCUCGGUGCAGUCAUGCCGUGGUCCAUGUACAACAGCACGCUGCGCAAGUACCUAAGCGUGAUUAAGAAAACGCCCAACCUCGAGAAGCGCCUGCUACGACUGGUCCUUGCCCUGCUGGACAACUUCCACUUUGACCUGCGCAACGUUCAGGUGGACGCCUUUGGCCACGUGCUUGGCAGGUCGGCGGACCAGCCUCUCGACGAGGACAACGAGGACGACGUCGAGAAUGCGGCCAAGGAGCUGCAGGCGGAACGGAUCCAUGAGUCGCUGGUGCGGUCGUUGAUUCCGGAGCUCAAGCGCAAGAUCGGAUCGUCCGACGAAGACGCAAUGGUACUGCGUGCGCCUGUGGCCAUGGCAGUGAUCCGACUGCUGACCAUUCUGCCCGAGCAGACCAAGAACCUGCAGCUGCCUGGCGUGCUGACCAACAUCUGCAACAUGCUGCGUGCAAAGUCGCUCUCAGCCCGCAGUGCCACCCGCGACACACUAAUGCGCAUUGCCAAGUUCCUCGGCGCCGGCUACUUUGGGUUCAUCGUUAAGGAGCUGAGCAGCGCCCUGGCUCGUGGCUUCCACAAGCAUAUCCUCAGCUACACCAUCUAUAUUCUGCUGAAGGAGAUGGCGUUCUCCAAUGUGCGGCUGAUGCUCGCGCCCCUUCGCGAUAUCCUGCAGGAGACCGAUACGCCGAAGCGCACCAAGCUCGUGGACCGCCUUCUGCAUCAGAUCAGCGUUGGCCUCAACCGCAACCGUACAUACGAGACCAAGACGGUUCUGCUGUUCAGCCACUCGAUCAUCAAGCAGUACCUGGCGCUGUCAACCAAGACAGCGAAGGACACGGAGGCGAAUCGCGAGCAGAUGGAGCAGCAGAAGCGCAUGAAGCCCACCGGCGACGAGCUGGUCACGGUUCACAUGCUGCGCAAGGACGUCAUGGUCAAGCGCGACUACCUGCCUGCUAAUGCCCACCGGUUCGUGCACUUUGGACUGGAGCUUGUCGGUUCGAUCACGUCCGAUACGGAUGUCUUGGGCCUGCUCGAUCCGUUUGUUGACCUGACCGGUGACGGCCUGUACUCACGCUACAACUCUGUUAUCACCAUGUGCUGCAAGGCGUGGACAGUGCUGGUCAGGCUGCCGCUACCGUCGCUGGCGGGCGGUAUCCCGGUCGUGAUCAAGCGUCUUUUCUAUCUGUUCCGCCAGUCGUCUAACACCAACUCGGAUAUGAUCCAGAGCGCCUUCAAGCUUCUAGCGUCGCUGCUGCGGUCCAAGACGGCCGAGCAUCUGAUGGAGGGGUAUGUUCCCGAGGAGCUGGAGGAGCUUGUCCCGGAAAAGAAGGACAAGAAGGGCAAAAAGACGAAGCAGCCGGCGAGGCCCAAGUCCAAGGUCCAGCAGAAAUCUCUGCUGACGGACGACCAGCUGCGCGAUCUGAUCGACUUUAUCCGGCCCGACAUCGAGGAGCCCGAACGCCAAGCGACUGCGUUUGGCCUUGAUCCGCGCAAUCCUGACCCGUCGCAUGAUUUGCGCGAGCUCAUGGUGACAGCGCAGAUGGCUCAUGUCCGUGAGCUGUGCCGGCUCACAUGGUUCCACGCCAUGAGCUUCAUCGUGCAGAAUGCGACGGGCUAUGUGUUUGAGAGCGGCCGGUCGAGCGCGCUGGAGAUCAUGGGCGUCAUUGUGCUACUGCCGACGGCUGCCGAGCCGUUCUUCCUGGGACUGGUGCUGAUUAUCGCAAAGGAUGAGAGCACAAAGUGCCGCGAAAUGGCUACCCAUCUGCUGCCGCAGCUGGUGGCGAGAUUCGACCAGACGCGAUUGGCCCGUGUAUGGAUCCUGCUUGACCAGUGGUCCGCGGGUACUGCUGCCAGUGCCCAGGCAAUCGAGGAUUCUGGAGACGACAAGGCGAUGCGCGCAGCGCGUGUCAAGCAGCUGAAGAUGCGCGAGCUGGGCCGCGCUGCCCUGCAGUGCUACGGCAUCAUCAUCGAGCCGCUGGGCGACAAAUUCCGCGCGCAGAAGUUCCUGGCCGCCAUUGACUCGGCGCUCACUGCUCGCCUGAACUAUGACGGCGGGGAUCUGGAGCAGAUCGCCAUGUCGCUGGGUGCCGGUGAGGAUCCGCAGGACGCAGCACUGGCAUACUGGGAGACGGCGUACAUGGCCAUGAACUCGUUUGCCAAGUACAUCCGCACCUCGGGCUCCCUUGGCGACUCGCGCAUCUGGCUUCUGGUGGUCCGCCAUCUGACACACCCGCACUCCUGGGUGCGUUUGGCUGCUGCUCGCCUUAUCGGCCUAUAUGUCGCCAGCGCCGACCCUGCCUGGAUGCUCAUGCAGACCUUCAAUGAGCAGCCGGCAGAAGAGUCCUGGGACGUGCCUGCGUUUGACGGACAGGCCAAGUUUGCGCUCAUGUCGUUCGAGCGGCUGCGCGAAUUGGCAAAUGCACUAGUGGUUCAGCUCAGCAGCAAGUACUUGACUGCAGAGCUCGGCAACCAGAUCGUCAAGAACCUGUUCUUUAUUGCCAAGAUGUCCAGUGGUGACGAGAGCGAGGAGGAGGGCGAGGAGGAGGAGACGACGGAGCAUGCUAGUCUGCCGACGGAGCGUGGCCUCUCGUGGCUCGUUAACCGCGUUGGUCGCCUUGCCCGCACCGAGCUGAUCCGCGGUCCUGUUGUCACCAUCAUUCCUCCCGCGCUGCUCUGUCAGUCUUCCUACAUCAUGCCCAUUGUCUCGCCGCUCUACCGCACACUCAACGACACCCAGCUUGCCCGCGAGCCCGUAACUCUCCCUGACGGCGUUGUCAAGAAGCCCGAGGAGCUCCUCGACGAGCUCAAGGCGCUGACAAACGAGGUUGUGCAGCUGACGCAGGCACGGAUGGGCACAACCGAGUUCUCAAAGGCCAUGCAGAAGGUCAAGAGCCAUGUGGACAGGAGCUGCAUCGCGCAGAAGAAGCUGAAGAAGCACAAGGCGUAUAAGCGCAGCCGCAGCGAGCGCAACCAGGAGCUUGCGCGCAAGAAGAUCCGCACUGUGGUCAAGAAAGCCCGCAACAUGGACAUUUAGACAGCAAUGUGGAACAAUACAUUUAUCCAUUUUA